UUCAUGUACAUAUAAAAAGAAGAGAUAUUGUGUGGUUAGUAUCAAAGAGAACCUCAACCUCGGCUGUCGAAUCACCAUUUCGGGGAUUUUUGAGCGAAUUCGUCUGCGCGUCAAGAUGAAUUCACUUGUUGGUUUUUAUGUUGUGGCGUUCCUGGCAUCGGCACAGGCUCAAGGAAGCACCACAAAAAUGGUCUCCUCCACCAUUGCUUUGACCACAACGACAACCACCCCACCGCCACGUCCCCACUCUUCAACCUCUAGUCCAAAUGUUUCUCCUACAAACACAGCGACAACCACCAUGACAACAACAGUCAAAACCUCCAUGACAACGAACAAGCCAACAACAGAAAGGACGUCCACAGUGACUACAAAUCCUACUACAGUAAAAACUUCCAUGGCAACAACUAAACCGACAACAGUCAAAACUUCCAUGUCGACAACCAAACAUACGACAGUCAAGACCACCAUGGCAACAACCAAUCCUACUACAGUCAAAACCUCCAUGGCAACAACCAUGCAUACGACAGCAAAGACUUCCAUGCCAACCACCAAACCAACAACAGACAGGACCUCCACGGUGACAACCAAGCCUACUACAGUCAAAACUUCCAUGGCGACAACCAAACUGACAACACAUGAGACUUCCAUGGUUACGAACAAAUCAACAACGGCUGAGACCUCCAUGCCGACAACCAAACAUACGACCGUCAAAACCUCCAUGGCGACAACCAAUCCUACCACAGUCAAGACCUCCAUGGCGACAACCAAUCCUACCACAGUCAAGACCUCCAUUGCAACAACCAAUCCUACUACAGUCAAAACCUCCAUGGCAACAACGAUGCACACGACAGCAAAUACUUCUAUGGCAACCACCAAACCGACAACAGUCAAAACCUCCACGACCCACAAAUCCACUAUAACACCGACACCUCCAACUACACCUGUCAAAAUGACGACACCCAACAGAGGAGGCGGAGCCUCAACAUCGCUGCUGUUGCUGUUGGCGUCAGUUUUUCUUAACGUAAUCUUCUCAUGAACAAAAAGACAUCCCCCCAUCCCGAAUGAUAUCUGAAACUCACUAGUACAUAUUAUAUUUACUCAUAGUGUCAUCAUGUCAGAAAAAAUCUGGAAUCGAUUUUACAUCAAAUCAAUGUUUGUUGUUGUUUUUUUAUUAAUAAAAAUAGGUCAUGACCAAGAAGCACUUCUAAAAUCAUUUACCAAAGUCAGUCACCUGUUACCUGCACCAAAUUUGGAAAAAUAUUCAAGAUGAUUUCACAUUUUACUUGAGAUUAAUCUUCAGAUCGACAAAUGGCCAGAAGAGCUUCUAAAUGGUCUCCGUUGAAAUGUUUCUGUUGGGGAGAAAAGGAGACACUUGUCAAAAUAAAAAAUAAUAAAAAUGAACGUUUAAAACAAAAAAAAGAUUACCGUAAUUUUCUGACAUAAGCCACCACCCACCAAAUUUGACACAAUAACAUUUGUUCAAACAUAAGCCGCACUGUACUAUAAACCACAGCUGUCCUCACUUUAUUAUGGUAUAUUUACACCAAAAGAUAU